AUGUCAUCCGGUGGAAAAGGAAGGAAGGCUGCUGGUGCUCAUAAAUCAGUUUCUAAAUCACAUAAAGCUGGUUUAAAAUUCCCUGUUGGAAGUUUCAAGAUAUUUAAAAUAAGGUAGAUAUACAGAAAGAGUAGGUGCAGGUGCUCUUGUUUAUUUAUCGGCUGUGCUUGAAUAUUUGACUGCUAAAGUUUUGCUGAUGGAGGUGUAUUACCAUAUAUCCCUCUUUAUUUAUACUCAGUUAAAGAAGAUCCAAGCCAAGCAGUUUGAUUUAAAUUGA